UCCUCCUUUGCCAGAAUGCUGAUAAAAUCCCACUUCAUUUAUCUGGAUAUUUCUACCAUCCUUGGACACACAAUGUGCAGAGGACUAGCAGCACUCCCAAAUAACUGCCUGGAAAGGGCUAAAGGAUUAAAAGCACGCAUGAGCAGCUUUCUGCAAAAGCAAGACUGGAAGCUUCUGUGCUAUGCUUUCAAGCUGAGAAAACCAAGACUGACUUUGGAGGAAUGCUUGAUGUGGAAGGAGUCUUUUGAAAAUCUGCUAUCUAGCAAACAUGGAUUAUAUGCCUUUAGAGCUUUUCUGGUGUCUGAAUUUAGUGAGGAGAACAUCGCCUUCUACCUGGCCUGUAAGGAUUAUAAAAACACAAAGUCUGAAGCCAAACUCCAGGCCAAAGCUCAGAGGAUUUAUAAUGAGUUCAUUGGAAGUGAAGCUCCAAGAGAGGUCAACAUUGACCAUGAGACUCGAGACAUUACCCAAGCCAACAUCAAGGUCCCUACAGCAACCUGCUUCGAUCAAGCUCAGUACCGAAUCUACAUCCUGAUGGAAAAGGACUGCUACCCACGAUUCCUCCGCUCCAGCACUUACCGUGACCUGGUGAGCCAGCUAACCAAAAAGAAUACCAAAGCUGCUACCAAGAAAGCCUGAGCAGCUUUUCCCCAAACAUUAAAAGAAGCUCAAGGAAUGACAGAAGUACUGAACCUCUGAUGGACGGGAGCCAGACUUUUUGAGGUGGCCCCUGUACUGAUCCUGACAUAGGUGAGCAGGCCUGUAACUGAGGAAGACGGGGAAGAUGGCAGCUUCAGAUCAUAAACUGUAGCAGCCUAGAGUGGAAGAAGACGUCUACAUCGUGUCCCUUUAAUGGGAUGAAAGAGAACAUCACGGAAAUGAAUUAUGUAGCACCUCCACCAUAGCCACACCAACAUGCUGGGAGAAACCAUCCACAAUUUGGAUAAACAAAUAAGCGCUUUAAAUUAUGAUGAAUAUUUUGUAUUUUUUAACACUUACAUUCUCACAAGGAGGCUAAUUAAUGGCGAUUAUUUAUUUCUAUAUUUAUUGAUAUAUUUAUUUACCUUUUACCUAAUAAGCUGUAUUUCUUGAAUAAUAAACUAUAUUUCUCUUUUGAGGAUGUGUGCAAUAUUUUCUUGA